AUGGCGGUGGAACAUCAACUGCAAGCAAUAGUGGAAAAGUUGUAUAGUGAAUCUGUGCAGGAGCAGGGUAAGCUGCUUGGCAUUGGAAACCUGCUUCAAGACCUGCAUACGCAUUUUAGGAUGGUCCAUGGGAGGAUCUGUGGCAUCAACAACAGUGCAAUUCUCAUGAUCAAUGCCAACGACGAGCAACACCACCAGCUUGUUCAGAAGCUCUGGUCUCUCACACUUGACAUUGAUGACAUGCUCAACAAGGUCUCUUGCUAUCUAACAAAAACAAGGGUCCUCCCAAUUCAGGUACACAGAUUGUUCAUCCUUAAACGUCUCCCUUUUCGACGCCUCAUUGUCCGUAAGAUCGAACAAUCAAUAGUUGCGUUGCAAGAAUGCUAUGCACAGACAUAUAGAAUACGACUCCCAGCUAGGCAUAGAGACACCAGCGCACCUAUGGCUUGCCAACGAGCACAUAGCAUAGGACCAGAGGGCAUCCUAGGAAGGGAAAAGGAAGUGAGUGAUGUUCUAAGAAUGAUGCAAGCUGAUCACGGCGAAGCUGGCCUGUCAGUGAUUCCCAUAACUGGAAUGGCUGGAAUUGGGAAGACAGCCCUUGCUCAGUUAGUGUUCUCACAUCCAUGGGUUAUCAAGACAUUUGGUGAUGACCGAAUUUGGGUUUUGGUAUCGAAGUUGCCACCACGGCUAGUUCCAAUCAGAAAGAUGAUCGCUGACGCAUGUUGUGGCGUGCCCUCGCUACUACUCAGUGCAUCAAACAAGCUCAAGAGCAUACGGAAGACUGAAGUUGCUUGGCAGCAUGUCCUGAGCAGAUUUGACCUAGUCUUCUACAAAGAUGCACUUCUGUUGGAUGCAACUUUCGUCAGUUAUCAACAAGUACCUUCCAAUAUCCAGCAAUGCUUUCUUUAUUGUUCAUUGUUCCCAAUUCAUAGCUUUACUCCUGAACAGUUGACUGAAAUGUUUGUUGCUGAUGACCUCACUAAACUUUCAAGAAGCAAAUCUGACCUGCAUAUGUACUUCUCCAAGAUAAUGAUAGAACACUACUAUAUUGUAGUGCAGAAACCUCGACAAAGAGAAAACGCUAUUUAUAAGAUGCACCCUGGGAUACAACUUCUUGCGCAAAGGAUUAGCAGGGGAUUUCACUCUGCAAUAGAUGCACGGAAGGAAUUAGUUUGGCCUGCGGAAAAUGCAGGCAAUGCUCGGUGCCUCUCCUUACUUGUUGACUCCAAGACAAGCAAGCUUCCAACAGAAUUGUUUGAAAUGGGAAAUUUGAGGACACUAAUCUUGCUCGGAGAUGAAAAUAUGCUUUUGUCUGACAAUAAAUGCUCAAUCACAGACAUCCCAGAAGAAUUCUGCAAAUGUCUGACAGCUAUGCGUGUACUGCAUAUGCAAUCUUGCAGGAUCAAGAGAGUACCUAAGGCAAUUGAUAUGCUUAAAAAAUUAACUUAUCUUAAUCUCUCUCACAGUGAAAUUGAGACAAUACCAGAUUCGAUUUGCAACCUUCAGCUUUUGACGCACUUCAACCUUGCACGCACUGAGAUUGCUGAAAUGCCAGAAUCAGUUGGAAAGAUGCAAACUUUGCAGGUGUUGGAUCUAUCUCAUUGUGAAAAACUACUUAGUUUGCCCGAAUCUAUAAGCAAACUUGUGAAUCUUCAAAUUCUAAACCUUGAAGGCUGUCAUUACCUCACUAUUUUACCAAGAAGCAUGAAAAACUUGGGAAGUCUUGCCUACCUAAACGUUCUUGAAUGCCCUUUACUAACUCAAAUGCCCUGUCAGAUGAACCAACUCACAAACCUCAAGAUAUUGCCAAGGUACAUUGCAGUGGAAAAUCACGAGCAUACCAUCUCAGAGUUGUGCCCCUUAGCUGGUUUGAAGGAACUCGGUAUAUGCAACAUGGAAAAUGCUUCUUAUGGUGAUGCAAGGAAUGUAAUCCUGCAUAAUAAACACAAGCUCGAGUCAUUGACAUUAAGUUGGACCAGAAGCUGUGGAGAUCAUACGACUAGUUCAAAAGCACAGCAAAUACUUGAACUUCUCAAGCCAAACUGUGGUUUGAAAGUGCUAUGCAUUUUCUCAUAUCCAGCAAAGAAGCUUCCAUCAUGGAUAACAAACAUGCGACCGUACUUAAAAUCACUUACUGAGAUCAAGCUAGUUAAUUUGGCAUGUGAAUGCCUACCUCCAUUGGGGCAAUUACCUCUUCUCAAGAUUGUUGAAUUAUGUGGAAUAGAUGCUGUCACGUGUGUAGGUGACGAAUUCUAUGGGGAUGAUGGCACAUUCACCUCACUUGAGAAACUCUCAUUCAUUCACAUGCACAACCUAGAAGUAUGGCUUCCAUCAGAGAGAGAAGCACUUUUCCCAAACCUUCAAGAAAUUACUAUCACCCAAUGCCCAAAAUUCACUGCAGUACAUGUGAAAUUCCCAGUUGUCAAAAGCUUAAUCUUGUUGAUGAACAAUGAGAAAUUGAUUGGAUCUAGAGGAGCACUAGAAGGUUUCUCUCAGAACCUGAAAUAUCUGUCGGUUUCCCUAUAUGACGGGUUAUCAGAGUGUUCAGAAUCAUUUGUCAUUCCUCCGAACCUUGACAAUAACAGCAUGCAGAAAUUUGGAAACUUUGCCAGAAUGGCUGAAGAAUAUCACCUCUCUCAGAUUCUUGUGCAUAUCUGA